CCGUGUGCAGCGCCCAGCGCCGCCCCAGCCUGAUAAAUAACGGGCGGGCGGCGGGGCUCGGGACUGCUGCGAACCGAGCCGUGCCGUGCAUUGACUACCCGAGGCAAGCCGAGCCAAGCCUUGCUUACCCGAGCCGAGCCAUGGACCCCCAGGACUGCACAUGUGCUGCUGGUGACUCCUGCUCCUGCGCCGGGUCCUGCAAGUGCAAGAACUGCCGCUGCCGGAGCUGCCGCAAGAGCUGCUGCUCCUGCUGCCCCGCCGGCUGCAACAACUGCGCCAAGGGCUGCGUCUGCAAGGAGCCGGCCAGCAGCAAGUGCAGCUGCUGCCACUGAGCCGCCCGCCUCCGCCUGUAAAUAGCCGGCACGCUUCGGGGAUGGGAGGGUGACGAAGGGGGGGGCACAAAAAAAAAGAGAAAAAAAAAAAAGCUUAUUUUUACAUGUUUUGUAUCUUCUGUACCCAUGGAGAAAAUAAAUGAGUUUGGCUGAA